CGCCGCGCGUCGGCAGGCGUCGCGCUCGCGGCCGCGGCCGUCCGCGGCGGUGGCGUCGCGGCCGCGCCGCACCACGGCCACCACCACCAUCACAACCACCACCACCACCGUGAGUCUGCCGGCGCCGCGGCCCUCACGGCGAUCGCGGCCGCCAACGCCGCCGCCGCCGCCGCCAACGCCGCCGCCGCCCCGGCGACCCCCGCCAGCUCUCACGACUCUGAGCGCAGCACGACCUGCCGGUGGCACUCCAAGCGGCGGAAGGGCGAGCCGGUGCGCGCCCCCAUGCAGUAG